UUUGCACAGCUGCUGGUGUACUUUAACUGGACUUGGGUGGGGCUGCUGCGAGGAGACCAUGAUUAUGGCCACUUUGCUGCAAAAGGUCUACUGAGAGAAUUACAGGACACCAAAGUAUGUGUAGCGUACCAAGAAAUUAUUCCUCUGCUCUACACUCGCCAGGCGGGACUAAGGAUCAUGAAGGUGAUGCAUAGCUCUACUGCAAAAGUGGUGUUGGUAUUUGCAGUUGAGGGGGAGAUGGCACCUUUCCUGAGAGACUACGUGACUCGGAACAUCACUGGAAUCCAGUGGGUGGCGAUUAAUGCCUGGGUCAAAGCAUCAGUCUUUUCAGGGAGAGAGUAUUACCCUUACUUGGGAGGAACCAUUGGGUUUAGCAUCAGAAUAGGUCAUAUCUCCAGACUGGGUGACUUCCUGCAGACAGUAAACCCUAAGAGAUAUCCUGACAAUGUGCUGGUUCGUGAGCUGUGGGAGUCUCUGUAUGGCUGCAGUCCUUUUCCAUCCUCUGUCACCCAGAUGCCGCCGUGCUCAGGGCAGGAAUCUCUGCUGGAACAGCACUCAGCCUACAUGAAUACAUCCAGCCCUAGAUUCUCAUAUAAUGUCUAUAAGGCUGUGUAUGCCAUUGCUCAUUCCCUGCACAACCUCCUUCUCUGUCAGCCAGGGAGGGGGCCUUUCCAGAACAACUCAUGUGCUCAGAGGAACAACAUUCAACCUUGGCAGCUGCAACACUACCUCCAGGAAGUGAACUUUCACAUUGCUGGUGAGGAGGUGGCCUUUGAUGCCAAGGGCGACUCUGUACCAUAUUAUGAUAUCAUCAACUGGCAAAGAGGCACAGAAGGAAACAUCGAAUUUGUCAACGUGGGUUUGUUUGAUGGAACCAAGACAAUUGGAGAGGAGCUGUUGAUCCAGAAGGACAGGAUAAUGUGGGCAGGACAUCAGAAGAUUCAAAGCCCAGCUAUGAUGUGA